AUGCAGAAAAUACUAUCCUUCACAACAAUCGUACUCUUCCUAAGCAGCUUUACCGCCGCAGAAAAUAUAAACGACCUUUCCUCGCCUCCCCUGUCCAUAGCGACCGAGCCCUACACGAUCACCCUCACCUGCGCCGAAUGCGCCUUCUCGUACAGCGACUGUCUCGAGAAUGUCCAGCCGCCUGCGUUCCUCAGCAUAACCUUCUCCACCCAAAACGACACCCUCCUCGCCAACAACGCCGUGAUCUUCCCGCCCUCAUGGCCCCUCCAAUUCGCCGCGCAACGACAGCGCGCCUCCCUAACCGACACCGUCCCCCUCGCAUACGCCCUCGACGUCCAGCCCCUCCCGCACCAGCCCGGCGCCAUCCUGGGCGACCUGUACCAUCUCACCCUGACGCUCGUGGACCUGCAGGGCCGCCGCGCGACCGAGCAUCCGGUCUCCGUGGGCGUUGUGAGGGAUACACGGGGGGGUCUGAGCAUUAUUCAGGUUGAGGAGGCGUGGAGGCGGUAUCAUCGGAAACUGAAGCUUAAGGGGGAGGGGAAGGAGUUAAAGGCGCAGGAGGGGAGUGAGGGUCCGAAGGCGGGUUGGUGGAACUUGGAGGCUUGGAGACCGCACGCUGCAUCGGACGGUCCUGAGCAUCAACUGGAGCCUGAGACGCAAUGUUCUGGCGAUUGGACCGCGCCGCAUCCUUGCACUGCAGCUGAGGUGCAUGGCUACCCCGGCCACGGCAAGCACCACGGCGAGCACCAUCGCCAGCGUCUCGAUGAUUGGAUCUACGAUAGACACUUCCACUCGAAGUUCGCUGGCCCGGCUGUCAUCUCGGGUCUGCUCGGUGUGAUGGCGGCGUUCUUUGCUGGGGCAUUGGGAUUCUUUGUUGGAAAGCUUAUUGUUGCGAUAUACUGCUACUUUUUUGAUGGGAAAAAGUCACAGACCACGGCCGGGGCAAUUGACGAGGAGAGGUACCUUGAGGAGGUAGUUGGUUUGGACGAGGAGCGACUGAUGGGCAUGGAGAAGAAAGGAUAUGCGUUUGGGCAUCGCGUUGUGAACGUUCAUUGA